GAUCGGAGAUCGGAUGCCGCUGCUUGAUGGGCAGGAGCCCGCUGUGACACAGAUUGUGGAUGACUUGAACCACCCAUUGCUGUCAUUGAGUUUCAAUGCCGCCUCUACAGGAAAAGAAGAAAGGAUUGCUCAGAGAAGGCAUAUCAAUUUUGCAACGCUCAAUGAGCUUUGGACUUUCUAUAAGACCGACACGCCCACCUCAGAACAGGUGUCGCGAAGCAGCUUUGAUCGUGCUUUCAAUCGGUCUUGGAAAAAGUAUCUCAUCCUCAUGUCGCCUCAAGGCGGCAACAAAUGUACCAUUUGCUUGAAGAACAAGGAGGCUCGCAGCGCAGCCAUUUCCAACCAAGAGAAGAUGGAGCUUGACAUUGAGUUGCAGCAACACCUAGAGAUUGUGAAGAAAGACCGCUCGGUGAGCAGCCGAGGGAAUAUCAAAGGAUCACAAAUUGAGAACUUCAAAGAGAACUCCGACGGGUUCUUGAAGUUGAUGAUUGACGGAAUGGAUCAGCAAAAGUUUGCCAUACCACGUUCACGAAGAUUGAACGGGGCAUCAGAUUAUGGCAAGAGCUGGAAGAGUUUGGCGCACGUUGUGGGAGUCGUGGCGUGGGGCGUGGCAGAAAUAUAUUUUUUGAUGAAGCAUGAUUGCAAGAAGGACGCCUCCAUGCAGGCCACUGUCACCAGUCGCGCCUUGGACAUUGUGAAUGACAUAGUGACUGGAUAUGGUCCAGGGUUCCAGGUGCCCCGACACCUUUUGGUGUCGGCAGACAACACGCCACGCGAGUCAAAGAACCAGUUCUAUGCGCAGUAUCUCAGCAAAUUGGCUGGAGAAGUUUUUGAGACAGUUGAACUUCAGUUUCUUCAAGUCAGCCAUACGCAUAAUGAGCUCGAUCAGCGAUUCAGCACGAUGGCUACAAUCAUCAAAAGAGCUGAGCAGAUUGACAGCCUUCAUUCUUUGAAAGACUACUUGACAUCCCACAUGACAGCAGCUGCAGGGCGACAACUCCACAUCGAAAUAUUGGACAAUACCUGGUUCACGCGGAGGGAGUACCUGGAACAGGAAAUGGUUGAAUGCCAUCAAGAUGACUGGAAAGACUUGCCAGAAGAUCCAGGGGAUGUGUGCCUGGUCCUGAAACAGUACAUUUCAAGCCCUGAUCGGUCACAACCUCCAGAGUUGAUCAUGCCUGCUUCAUGCCUUUCUAAGUAUACAAAAGCUGCUUUGGAACCUUCAGUCCGCAACCCAUUGUCAGAGACCACUUUGGUGGAAUUCCGGAAGACAGCCGAGAUGGUGGGAAAAAGCCCAUGGAACAUGAUGGAAGCGCAAGACUAUUUAUUGCAAUUGUGUUCUGACAACGAGCAAGGUGUGAUUGAUGCCCCUCCUCAACUCCAUUUUGUUUUCUCCAGGGAAAACAAAAGCCCAAGAAUAGCGCCAUUGCCUGGGACAACUUUGGAUGAGUUAAGUGUUGAGCCUCCAGCCCCACCCAGAGCAGUGACAGUGACCAAGCCCAAGAAAGGCUUGAAACGUCCUGCAGCUUCGCCCAAGGUGGUUUGCAAACGCCCUGCCCAUGGCACCGAACCCAAAGAAGACCAAGACCGCCCGAUGAUGAAUGAAGCUGAGGAGAGCAGCAGGCCCGCCCCUUUGCAACCACCAGCAGAUGCUGAAGCAGCUCCGGCUCCAAGCCCAGUGCCCAGUCCAGUCCUGAGACGCCCCGCCUCCCAUCGCCCACCUGGCUCUGAAAUUCGAGCAUUGCCUGGAUUCUUGCACUUCGGGUGUGGCAAGUGUCGGAAGAAAGACACUCCCAAGAUUGGCUGCGCUGUGUGCCGGGCCAAGGCACAGAAUCAUGAAGAUGGCUAUCGUAAAUCUCCAGAAGGCUGGAUAUAUCAAAUCCAGAUUGAAGACGUGGAGUGA